AUGGGAGACUGGAGGUUAGAGGUGUUCAGGUUGUCCGUGCAUGAUGUUUUUUUCCCUGUGGGCAUCUUCUGGUACUUUAACCAGCCUGACUACUUUGAGGAACACGUCAAGAAGCGCAGAGAAGAGCGUCUAAAACUGUACUCCAACCCAGAGUACCGAAGGGAGGUGGAAGAAUUUGCGGAGAGAAUGAGGAAAAGACAAGCCGAGAGGAAUGAAAAAGGAUGAGAUGGAGUUUUGUGUAGAUGAAGACUGAACUGAUUGUACAUUUUGUACUCAGGAAUUUAUUUUCUACUGCGGUCUCUUAGUGUCACUGACGAAAAGGUUACAGU